AUGUUCUAUACAUCACCCUACUUGAGAACUAGACAAACAUGUGAAAACAUUAUAUCGCGUAUAAAGGGGAUUCCCAAUGUUGAUUUUAACGUGCGAGAAGAGCCGCGUAUGAGGGAGCAAGAUUUUGGCAACUUUCAGCAGUCGGCGCAAGAGAUGGAAAAGAUUUGGGAAGAGCGUGCUGACUAUGGACAUUUUUUUUACCGAAUACCACACGGGGAAAGUGCAGCUGAUGUAUACGACAGAGUUGCCAGUUUCAAUGAGAGUUUAUAUAGACAAUUCAAAAAUGACGAUUUCCCAAAUAUACUAGUCUUGGUUUCGCAUGGUAUAUGGUCAAGGGUAUUUUUGAUGAAAUGGUUCAAGUGGACAUAUGAAGAGUUUGAGACACUAAAGAAUAUACCGCAUUGUCAAUUUUUGAUAAUGAAGAGGAACCGAGAAAGUUUGAGGUAUGAGUUGAAAACAAAGUUACAAACAUGGAGCGUUUGGUGUGUGAAGGAGGGGGGGAAGAAGAAGAAGAACGUGGACGAUGAGCUGGACGGUGAGCUGGACGAUGAGCUGGAUGCAAAGAAGGGAAAUUCCCAAAGAUUUAUUCUCUGUCAAUUGCCCGAAGAUAACGAAGUAGUACAGAUGAUUGAGGCACAGAAACCAGCAGCAGAAUCUACAAGGGAAAAGGACAAGAAAAUUGCAGAAAUGUAUAGAAAUAUUCACUCCUCAGAAGCAAAGAGACUCUAUGAGAAUCAAUUGGUUACGACGUUGAAGAUGGGAAACCAAAGUGAGAACAAUAGUAGUAUCGAGAGUCUUAACGAACCGAGAUGA